AUGCGCAGCGAUCUGAAGAAUCGACAAGCGCUAGCAAUUCUUCAUACAAACCUGAUUGAAGAACGAGCAAGUCUGUACGUGGAAAAUUCAACUCGCAUUCUCUUCGAGGCAUUUGAUACACAUUUCAUCAGUGCAGCACUUCUGAAGCCCGGUGGAGAGAACGAGGCGGCAAGUACUCGGAGCGCAAGAAGUUACGGUAACCUCGUACCGUUACGUGGCAUGGACGGAUGUUCUGCAUCGCUUAUGCUCUUCUGGGUGUGCCACUAA